CGUUCAGUCAACUGUUGUGUCACCUGACCGAUGACAUAGAUGGAUGACGUCAUUGCGAACAUGGCUGCCGAGAGUGAUGUCCUGUCUGAAAUUGAAGUGCUGCAGUCCAUCUAUUUGGAUGAACUCAGUGUUACUCAAAAAGAUGAAGGAGGUUGGGUAGUCAGUCUGGUACUUUAUCCAUCUACUGCAGAGGACUGUCUUUCUCAGUUUGUACGCCUCACACUGACAAUGGAUCUGGGCUCUCAGUAUCCAUAUUUACCUCCCUGCAUCUCUAUUCACAAUCCACGUGGACUAUCAGAUGAUAAACUGCUCAGUUUACAGAAGAGUUUGCAGAUGGAGGCAGAAUCAUGUCUGGGAACACCUGUACUGUACCAGCUCAUAGAGAGAGCCAAAGAGAUUCUGACCGAGAGCAAUAUUCCCCAUGGAAACUGUGUAAUCUGUCUAUAUGGUUUUAAGGAGGGGGAAGUGUUCACUAAGACCACCUGCUAUCAUUAUUUCCACUCUCACUGCCUUGGUCGGUACAUCACCCACUCUGAGACAGAGCUGAAGGAUCGGGAGCGAGAGCUGGAAGCGGAUAAGACCAGAAAUAGGACAGAUGAAGAGGUGUUGGCUGUUGUUUGCCCUGUAUGCCGGGAGCCUCUGGCCUAUGAUGUGGAUGCCCUCCUUUCCUCCCCUGCUCCUAGUUUCACCCAGCAGGAGGAUGUGGUCAUUGGUGAAGAAUUUAAAAAGAAACGAGAGGAAUUCCAAAAGAUUCUGGAACGGCAGAAGGAAAAGGGUGGAGUUAUUGACCCAGAAGCGGAAUCUAAUCGGUUCCUUAUUCACAUUAAUGAGGCUCCAGAUGAUCUUUCUGAAACCUCUGGCACAGAUGUCUCGGGUGCUGAAUCUUGCCAGUCACAGUCUUCCUCAGGCUCAAAUAUUACCAAUGCAAACCAAGCCCCACAAAGUCACCGCACUCCAGGCCAACAACAGCUUCAUCCCAGUCAUGACAGACGACAACAAAGUGACUUUAAAAGAGGUCGUAGAGGAAGAGGUUAUGGAAGAGGUGGUGGAAGGGGUGGAUCAGCGCGACAUGUGAUAGCUGCACCUGGGGUGGAACGCAUAGGCAAGCCUUCGCAAUCUUCGGAUAAAAUAAACUGUGUCCACUUAGGCCCAUCAAACGCCACUUCACAGGUACCGAGUGCAGCACAAGAGGAGGCAUGUGAACUCAGUGUUAAUAUAGCACAGCUCAUGCAGCCUUUGACUAAUGAUGAAGAAACACCCGCUGCUACAAAUAAAGUCACUUCCAGUAAAUCCACCUCUGGAGAGGAUGUGAGCCAACAAGGGGAUGUUUCAAAAGAUGCUUCUCAGAAAAUCUUACAGGAAGGACAGCAGGAAAGAGAAUAUCUGGUUAGAGGAUGGAGGCGUGGUAGUCGUGGCUUAGGACGACAUCAUGGACACUUGCACGAGAGAAACUUUAAGGGACCCAGUCACUGGGAUAAUUCUGGAGGUGUUAGCCACCGUGGUGGAGCACAUCGAGCCAGAGAGGGAGGGGCUAGUCAUUAUCACAGAGGGGGUGGGCCUCACAGAGGAGGUGGGAGGGGUUUGCAUCAGAGAGUGGAAAAAGAAUUUAGGAAGGAAGGAGUGCUCUGACAAUGGGAGAGGGGAGGUCUGGUCAGAAUAAGCAUACCUCCCAAUUUCACCACAUGUACCUUCCUAACAUUGUCUACAAUAAAAUUCUUCACGAGCAUUUAACUG